AUGAAAGAAAAGAAGCAAGUUGGUGAUAUUGAUCCAAAUUUUGUAUGUCACUUCUGCCAUGAGCAAGUUCAUCUAGAACACUCAUUCAACAUCAAGGGUUGCGCCCAUUUUUACUGUCAAGAGUGCAUUGUUAAAUUCAUAGUGUCCAAUCUCCAAAACAAUGUGACAUGCAUUAUGUGCCCUACACCAGGCUGCAGUGGCCUGCUAGACCCUGAGUACUGUCGUCCAAUCCUCCCGAACGACGUCUUUGAUCUGUGGGGGACUGCCUUGUGUGAAUCUCUUUUGGAAACAGAGCACGCUGUUGAUUCAACUUUCACAUGUGAUUUCUGUGUUGAGCAAAUUGAGCUAAAAGACUCAUUUAACAUCAAGGGUUGCGCCCAUUUUUACUGUCAAGAGUGCAUUGUUAGAUUCAUAGUGUCCAAGCUCCAAGACAAUGUCACAUCUGUUACGUGCCCAGAUCAAGGAUGCCCUGGGGUGUUAGACCUUGAGUACUGCCGUCCAAUUCUCCCAUACGACGUCCUUCACCGCUGGGGCAAGGCCUUGUGUGAAUCUGUGGUUAUGGAGCCUCAGAAGAAGUACUUAUUCUGUCCCUUCAACGCAUGCUCCACGCUGUUGAUUGAUGAGGAACCAGAUGAUACCAAACAAGCUCAGUGUCCUCAUUGCAAGAGAGUGUUUUGUGUCAAGUGUAAGGUUCCUUGGCAUACCGAAUUCGAUUGUGACAUGUUCCAGAAACUGAGAGAUAGGGGUGAAGAUCAGCAGCUGGAAGAGCUUGCCAAGAAUAAGAACUGGAGGAGGUGUCCAAGUUGCAAGUACUAUGUUGAAAGACGCGAUGGGUGCAGCUACAUAAAAUGCAGGUGUGGAAAUGCUUUCUGUUACAAUUGUGGAGUUCAAGCUUCCUUAACUUCUCAUACCAGACAUUGUCCAAGCUGUCACAAAUAAGCCUUUAUUUUUGCUCACGAGAAG